AUGUCCUUUCAAGUUAUUGGAAUCAAUAGCUUGCCAGUAGAGCUUUUGUACGAUAUAGAACUAUAUGCUCUAUCCGAGAACCUCCCACACGCCUCCCAUCAUUUCAACGAUGUCUAUAAGCAAGCUUCGCCCUUCUUUCAUGCGAAAUACAUCAUCGGAAGGGUGAUAGAAAACAACGAAAUUAAUCUCUCUGAGGUUUAUACAAAGGCCUUGCGGUAUCCACUAUGCACACAAAAAGUUGUCGAAGCAAUGCAAAUGCUGCUCAAGGAUUUUCGGCCAAGUAAAUCCGCAGUUCAACUACCUCGACGACUGUUCAAGAACCUUGCUCCCCCUACACCGGGUUGGAGUAAGGAUAGCUAUCCUAUUCCUUUUCUUCGUUACCUAUACAAUGCACCAGAAAUACCUAGGAUCAAUACCAACGCCAACGAAGGAUACGCGCUCACCCGAGCAGUGCACGCGCGAUUCAAUCCUCUUGUCCAAUUUCUGCUCGCUCAUCAUGCCUCUCCUGCGUGCAGAGAUAACCUAGCGGUAAAGGUCGCAGUCCGCCAGAAGAAUCUCGAAAUGGUAAAAUUACUGGUGGAAAGGAAAGAAACGAAGAAGAAGGGCAAGCGGCGCAAAUUUGAAGACAGGUUGACCUUGGAUUCAGACAUGCUCAAAAUUGCCGUUAUGGCCAACGCACAGGAUAUUGUGGAGUACCUUUACAGGGAGAAAAAGAUUCUUCCCGAUUUGCAAACUCUGAAGAAAAUGACCUGA